ACAUUGUAUUUCGACUUUAUUCUCCUCAUUUCGAUUUUUUUUCUCGAACUUAAUAAUGUUUUCUUUUUUUCUCCUACCUGGCACUAAUCCUCUUCCGUAGUCCUCAUAACAAAAAAUGUCAUAUCAUUUCCAGACUACAUUUCACAGUAACCCGACCCAGCCCUGCCCACUAGUUUCUCCUCCUGCUGUCCUUUAACAGCUCGACUCAGUCAGCUCAGGACCAGACCAGGUCCCUCUAGCGCCCGGACCUUAUAUUACCUAACGCCUCGUCAUGGCGGCUCAGACCCGUGCUCUCGUGUCAGCUCAGUGGCUCGCUGAUGCUGUCAGAAACAACCUCGUCGGUCCCAAACUUCGCAUCCUCGACUCGUCAUGGUAUCUCCCCAAAAUGAAGCGGGACCCGAGGGCCGAGUUCGCGCAGCAGCACAUACCGGGCGCCUCUUUCUUUGACAUAGACGACUGCUGUGACAAGACCUCAGCGCUGGAUCACAUGCUGCCGACUCCCAGUCACUUCUCCCGGUAUGUGGGGGACCUGGGUAUCGGCGGUGACACGCACGUAGUGGUGUAUGACACCAGCGGCUUCGGCUCGUUCGGCGCGCCCCGGGUCUGGUGGAUGUUCCGGCUGUUCGGACACAGCCUGGUGUCGGUGCUGGACGGCGGCAUGAAGAACUGGCUGGCGGACGGACACCCUGUGACAGCCGAGUACACCAAGCCGGAGAGUAGAGAGUUUAAGGCGACUUUGAACCAGUCGUGGGUGAAGAGUUAUGAAGACGUGCUGGAGAACAUCCGGAGCAAGCAGGUCCAGGUGGUGGAUGCCCGGUCAGCAGGGAGGUUCAGGGGCACCGAGCCGGAGCCCAGAGAGGACACGCUGCCCGGCCAUUUCCCCGGCUCAAUCAACAUGCCGUUCACUUCCUUCAUGGACGCCUCGGGGAAGGAGCUGGGGACUGAGGCUCUGUCCAAACUGUUCAGAGAGGCGGGGGUGGACCUGGAGCAACCACUGUGGGCUACCUGCGGUUCUGGUGUCACAGCGUGUCAUGUUGUUCUGGCCGCUCACCUGCUCGGGCACCCUGGGGUGUGUGUUUAUGACGGCUCCUGGUCUGAAUGGUUUAAAAGGGCAUCCCCGGAGCUUAUCAUCUCUGAGGGAGAAGGGAAGAAGAUGUGAAAUAAUGACUGUUACAAGCACAGAAGUGAUGUGGCUUUUAUAGUGGAGCAGGUGUGUUUACUGCCUACAAGACUAUAAAACAAGCCUGAUAGUGUCCUUUUUACUAAUACUGAUGAGAUAGUACGCGCUGUAUGUGCACAAUGAGCUUGUUUUGAAACCUUAUUACUAACUUAAUAGUUGCAAGUUUAAGCAGCUGUCAGAAACCUGUAAUGAAUAUCUCCUCUGCUUAUGCAAACUGUCUGAUUUUCUUGAAUAGGAAACACCUAGGAAAUACCUCUUUUUUUAGAAAGAUUAACAAUAUAUUAGAAAUAACAUGAUGGUUCUGUUAUGAACUGUUGUAUAUCUCAACAUGUUAAAAAUGUUAGUUAUGGGAGUCUAUGCACUUUUUUGAUAAGAGGAGGUUAUGUGAAUACAUUGAUGAAGUCUAUUACAAAUGUUAAAAUAAAUAUAAAGGGUCUUGUCUCUUAUGCUACAUGUGUA